GUUAACAUCAGGACUACCACCGAGCAGCACCGAGCCUCUGUCCUGAACCCUCAUAAUGCAUGGGGGCAAGAGAGGACUGGUGGCUCCGCAAAACACUUUUCUGGAAAAUAUUGUCCGGCGCUCCAGCGAAACCAGUUUCCUGCUGGGAAAUGCUCAGAUCGUGGAGUGGCCAGUCGUAUACAGCAACGAUGGAUUCUGCAAGCUGUCUGGUUACCACAGAGCUGAGGUCAUGCACAGGAGCAGCACGUGCAAUUUCAUGUAUGGUGACCUGACUGAUAAGAAGACUAUAGACAAAAUCAAACAAACCUUUGACAGCUAUGAGUCCAAUUUCUAUGAGGUGCUGCUCUAUACUAAGAAUAGAACACCGAUAUGGCUUUACAUGCAGGUUGCUCCGAUCAGAAAUGAAAAGGACAAGGUGGUGCUUUUUCUCUGUACCUUCAGAGACAUUACACUUUUCAAACAGCCUAUUGAGGAUGAAUCAACAAGGGCGGGAUGGACAAAGUUUGCCAGACUGACACGGGCUCUGACCAACAACCGCAACCUGGUGCAGCAGUUAGCACCACUAAGCAAGACUGAGGUCAGCCACAAGCCCUCCAGACUGGCUGAGGCUCUCCAGCUGGGAUCAGACAUUCUCCCUCAGUACAAACAAGAGGCACCCAAGACGCCCCCGCACAUCAUUCUCCAUUACUGCACCUUCAAGACCACUUGGGACUGGGUCAUCCUCAUCCUCACCUUCUACACUGCCAUCAUGGUGCCCUACAACGUCUCCUUUAAGACCAAGCAAAACAAUUUGGCUUGGCUGGUGCUGGACAGCGUCGUGGACGUCAUCUUCCUGGUCGACAUCGUGCUGAACUUCCACACCACCUUUGUGGGUCCUGCUGGAGAGGUUAUUUCAGAUGCGAAGCUGAUACGAAUGAAUUACCUGAAGACGUGGUUUGUCAUUGAUCUGCUGUCCUGUCUGCCGUAUGAUGUCAUCAAUGCCUUUGAAAAUGUAGAUGAGGAUGUCAUCACGUCUGCAUCUCCAGCGACUCAUCUUCGGGAGUCUUCAAAUUUCCACAGAAAUACCACACGGAUAGAAGAUUCUUUACUUCCUGGGCUCAGCAGCCUCUUCAGCUCCCUAAAGGUGAUCCGCCUGCUCCGUUUGGGCCGGGUAGCCCGGAAGUUGGACCACUACCUGGAGUACGGAGCGGCCGUUCUGGUUUUACUGGUCUGUGUGUUCGGCCUGGUGGCCCACUGGCUGGCCUGCAUCUGGUACAGCAUCGGGGACUACGAGGUCAUCGAUGAGACCACCAACAGCAUUAAGACAGACAGCUGGCUCUACCAGUUGGCUCUGAGUAUAGGAACUCCUUACCGCUACAACACCAGCGGCACAGGCCAGUGGGAAGGGGGUCCCAACAAGGACACGCUGUACAUUUCUUCUCUUUACUUCACCAUGACAAGUCUCACCACCAUCGGAUUUGGAAACAUCGCUCCAACCACAGAUGGCGAGAAGAUUUUCUCUGUGGCUAUGAUGAUGGUGGGCUCGCUGCUUUACGCCACCAUCUUUGGAAAUGUCACCACCAUCUUCCAGCAGAUGUACACCAACACAAACCGCUACCACGAGAUGCUCAACAACGUGCGUGACUUCCUCAAACUUUACCAGGUUCCCAAAGGUCUGAGUGAGAGAGUCAUGGACUUCAUCGUCUCCGCCUGGGCCAUGUCCAAGGGCAUUGACACAGAUAAGGUUCUCUCAAUUUGUCCCAAAGACAUGCGAGCGGACAUCUGCGUCCACCUGAACAGACAGGUGUUCAACGAUCACCCGGCGUUUCGUCUGGCCAGCGACGGCUGCCUGCGCUCUCUCGCUGUGGACUUUCAGACCACACACUGUGCACCUGGAGACCUUAUCUUCCACGUCGGAGAGAGCGUCGACACCCUCUGCUUUGUUGUCUCCGGUUCACUCGAAGUCAUCCAGGACGAUGAGGUCAUCGCAAUACUAGGUAAAGGUGACGUGUUUGGAGAUGCGUUCUGGAGAGAGACCACGCUGGCCCGUGCUUGUGCAAAUGUCCGAGCUCUGACGUACUGCGACCUGCACGUCAUCAGGAGGGAAGCUCUGAUGAGGGUGCUGGAGUUUUACACAGCAUUUGCCAGCUCGUUCUCCCGCAACCUCAUACUCACCUGCAAUCUACGAAAACGGAUAAUCUUCAGAAAGAUUUCUGAUGUGAAGAGGGAGCAGGAGCGUCAGAGGAGCGAGGUGACUCUCUCCAUUCCUGACGACCACCCAGUCCGAAAGCUGUUCCAGAGGUUCAGGCAGCAGAAAGACGCUCAAACACCGGGAGAGUCUCACGUUUACCUCGGUCCUAACUGUGUGCAGGUGGAGACGCACCACCACCAUCACCGCCGCCACCAUCACCACCACCACCACUCCGACUCCAACCCUUACACGCAGUGUCAGGCUUUAUCUCCUCAGCAGCAGGAGUACAGCUCCACUCUGCAGAGUAAUGACCCCUGUGCGGGAGGAGGGAGCACAGGCAGCGGAUGUAACAUGGCUGCGCCUCCACAAGCAUUUGUCCACACCGAAAAGCCAGAACAAAGCUGCACGCAAGAGGCAGGAGAGUCUGUAUCGAGGCCUUGUGCAGAGAAUUUGAGGGUUAACAGUUCUGCGCGGGGCGGCGGUGCAGGUGGACCGGGAGCUGUAGGUGGUGCUGCCGGCAGCAGCAGAGGUGCUAGAGGCUGGGCAAAGUUUAGAAACGCCACUUCAGCUGCACCAGCGCCUCCUGCUGUCGAGCUAGAAAAGCAGACACAGAAAGCAGAGGCGUGGCCUAAAGGAUCGCAGUCCUCAGGACAGUUAGCAGCCGCCAACAAUGCAGAGGAAGGUGGAGAGACACGGGGCCCAGAAGGUGGCAACGGUGCAGGAGAAGCGGGUGAAGAAACAAACGCCUUGCACAAAACGGACUCGUGCGACAGCGGCAUCACAAAGAGCGAUCUGCGUAUUGAUCGAGCUGGAGAUUCAAGAAGCUCCUUCGAGCGAAGCCCGAUGGAAAAGAGCCCGAUGGAGAAAAAUCCGUUCGAGCACAGUCUCGGCGUUGACAGCGAGGUCUCCCUCAAACACUCUUUUGUGCAGCCGGUGUCUGAGCAAGCGCUCCUCCAGGCGACGCUGCAUGAAGCCAAGCUGGAGCUGAAGGGAGACAUUCAGUUCCUGAGCGGCCGGCUGUCGGUCCUCGAGUCUCAGGUGGGAGAGAUCCUCAGGUUGCUGUCCAUGAAAAGAAGACUCUCGCUGCCACCGACUUCCUCUCCGAAGGCGAGAGUCAGAAGUCAAGACUCAGUCGCUGCCUCCAGGCCUGUCACACCCAAAACAGACGAUGGGCCUUUUUGAAUUCACUCAUGAAAAACCCAUAUGACUGAUUUCUGGAGGCACCACGCAUGUCCUGCUGGACUCUGGCCUGCCAAAGAAAUUUCUUGCAUUUGACUGCAUGCAGAAAUCCUCUUUCAUGUUACCUUAGCACUACAAUAACCCAGGGAUUUUUUCUAAUAGUCUUUGACUUAUGAGGCACUUUUAUGCUUCUGUGUAUGCUACAUUUCAGAAUGGCAAGAAGAAACAGGAAACAGUUUAUCAAAAACAAUUCAAAAGUAACGCCUGUACUGUUAUUCCUAGGAAAUUAGUACUUUUUAUUUAUUUUUAUUUUUUUACAAGCAUUGUAAAACAACAUGAUACUCUGAUGAAGGCUUCUGUUAAAACAUCUUAGCCUGAUAGGACCAUCUGUAAAAAAAAAAAAAAAUGGAGUAGUUGAGUUCAAGUUUUUUUCUAUAGCUGUCAUUUUCAUUAUCUUCUUCAACUUUUUUUUCCUGGAUGUCAGUUUGUAGUUUUUGUCAGAACACCUGAAGGUUCACCUGCCACACAACUUUCAUAACUCAUGAAAAAAGCAGGAGCAGCUCGAGCUUUUAUUAUUCUGAACAGACUGGAGCUCUGUAAACAUCCCGGAUGUUCAGUAGAUGUCUCGCUUUAACUCAUUUAAGAAGGAAACUCAACAGUGUUUCAGAUGUUUGUUGCCCGUCCUUGCUGGAGUGACACUGGUGACCUUCUUUCUAAUACUCAGUUGUCAGGUAAUUGAAUAUGUGCCUUACAAUACAAAGCCUCAUUCAGUGUUGUUGUGAUGAGACAAACAAGAAUAUGAGAUGACAGGAUAGGAAAAUAAUUUUUUCGACUAUGCAAUCCUUUUAAUGAAAUUCAAAAUAUUAUGUUUGAAUGUCAUUCCCGUGCAUGUAAAAUAGGUAUGCAAAUGAAGGACCUUCAGUAGUUUAAAGAUUUAUUUAGUUAAUUCUCAUUGUUUCAAGAUUUGUUUUCCUUAAGCUAGACAUGAAUAUUUCAGCAGGUAGUGCAGCAAAUGUACUGUCUAUUCCUUUGUGUAACUUUGCCUCUUGCUCAGGUAUGUUAAUGAAUUUAAGUUUUUAUUUCAGUGUUAAUGAUUUUGAAUUUGCCUGCUUAUAAUAUCAAAUAGUGAUGCAAAUUAUGUUUGUGGAAGAUUUGAAAUAAUGUGUCACGAUACACACCUCGCUAUGUCUCUAAAUCUAAAUGAACCUACAUCCCAUUCGGAGAUACAGACAUUUGCAUUCGUUUAUCCUGUUUGGAUAAAAAAUUUGUAAGAAAGUUGUAAAGUUUUAGUUUAAGAAGUUUUCUAAUUUUCUGUGUGGCUGCAAAGCAACACUUGUUAGGAUCUAAGCAUGUGUCUGUUUGAUGAUUUUAUCUUAGAUACAUAAAUGACCUUGCAUGCACCAAGGGAACCUGUCAGCAGUGAAGUGAAUAAUGAAACUGA